AUGAGAAGAAAUUGUUCUGGUGUAUUGAAAAGAGUGAGCAUGAUGAGAAAUAUUUCAUCAUCAUCGGUAUCGGUAAACAAUAAAUCAUCAUCAUCAUAUAUCGGAAUGUUGAUAAAUAAUAAUCAAUUCCGUACAUCGGUAGUAGCCAUGAGUAAGAACAACAAUAAUCAAAUGGCAUCGUUAUCAGGACUGGUAAAUUCUUCUUCCGAAAAUUCUAUUCGUAAUAUUGGAACAAUGAAUACACACAACAAUGUACUUCCAACACCUCUCGUUUUCCUCGUCAAUUCAGACGAUGAUGGUGUAUAA